AAAUAUAAUACUUAUAUAAACUUAAAAGCAAACCAAUUUAAAGUAAAAUAAAAUCAAAUUUACACUAAAAUUUCUCAAAGUGUUGAAAAGAGCAACUCGCGGCUUUGCAAACAAAGUGAGCAACAAUAUGACGCAGCUUAGAAUAUUGGCAUUUCUUACCUUCUACUACGUACUAUUUAUCGCACUCGCACACGCUUAUCCGGCGCCAGCUGUGGUGACGCAGCCCAAAGUUAAUUCCACACAAUUGAGCGCCUUCACAAUUGCGUUUAACGACAGUCAUGUAUUCGAGAUACCACCUGGAAUUUUCACCACAUACGAUAUGCCACUAGCUGAUGCGCCAUUUAACAGCGAGCGAUUUGAUUACAUACCCUACCGCAGUGAUGAGUACGAUAGCGUGUCGUGGGCAUUGAUCAAGCAGAUUUUAGCGUCAACAACCAAACAAGCAACACAACAAAAUAAUGCGAUCAAAGCAGCGAAAGCAAACGGUGGCUACCUAGCGGAAGAUACAGAGAAUGUGAUAUUUUCACCUUUCUCCAUUAAACUUGUGCUCGCGCUACUCACCGAGGCGACGGGCAAUGGCACGCGUUCACAGCAACAAUUAUUAACAGCGUUGGGCGGCGCAACCUCACUGCAAAAUUUGCGUACUUUUUAUCGCAACACACUGGUCGCACUGCAGCACGAACAAACCGGGGAGUAUACACUACACUUGGACACACGCUUCUUCACAGAUACAGCUGUGCAGCCAUUGCCGGAGUAUACCGCAGUACUGCAGUCCGUUUAUCAAACGCCCGUUGAGCAAUUGGAAUUCGCGGAUAGCACGACGUCGGCCGACAAGAUGAAUUCAUGGAUCGCACGCGUGACCGAGGGUCGUUUGAAGGAAUUGGUGUCGGCGGAGAGUGUUGCAAAUAGCGUUAUGCUGUUAGUGAAUGCCAUCUAUUUCAACGGCAAGUGGUUGCGUAAAUUUAGUGAAACACCAGCUGGUGCAUUCUAUCGCACGCCAACGGAUCAGCUGAAGGUCAACUAUAUGGAAUUGACAGAUAACUUUUUCUAUUAUCAUUGCAAUGAGUUGAAGGCGAAAGUAAUAGCGUUACCUUAUCGCGGCGGCAAGUUCUCGAUGUUUGUGGCAUUACCUAAUGAGGGUCAACACGUUGACGUGCUGCUGCAACGGAUGCAAAGUGAGCAGUUCAAGCAUAUUGAAUGGCCAACGGAACGUAGCAAAGUACGCGUUGUAAUGCCAAAAUUCAAAUUCGCCCACAAGACCGAUUUGAAAGCGGUGCUGUGCCGCAUGGGUGUUGUGGACAUAUUCACCGAUGACGCCGAUUUGUCGGGCAUGACAGCGAGUGCGGCUAAACAGUUGUCGGUUUCCAAUAUAUUGCAGAAGAGCGGUAUUGAUGUCAAUGAGGUGGGCACGGUGGCGUACGCUGCAACUGAGGUGGAGAUUGUCAAUCGUUUUGGUGCCGAUGAAGAGGAAUUCAUUGUGAAUCGACCGUUUGUGUUCUUCAUUGAAGAAGCGAGUACGGGAACUAUAUUGUUUGCGGGAAAAGUGCUGAAUCCCAUGAGUUAAGUUAAACAAAUUAAUUUAGUGAUAGGCCUUUAAGUAUUAUUUAUGUAAAUAGUUUCUAGUAUUAAAUAUUU